AUGUCAGGGCGUCUUCGACCAACGGCUUUGGUUCCCGCCAUUAUUGCCAUGGCUGCCUUUGCUCUCACUCUUGUACUCGUGCUGGCUGGCCGGCAACCUAAUCAAAUGAGCCAAUACUAUCUUCUUUCCAUGAACACUUCCCAUCUUGGCGACAAUAUCAUUCAGUUUAACCCCACUACAGCAGUUGCAACACCCGCGGCAAGCAAGGCAGAGAUCCAGCCCAGAUUCGAUAUUUCACAUCCAAUUCAAUCUAUUGGCAGUGGUCUCGAUAGCAUUUUUAGUGGUAUUGGAAAUCUGACCGGCCUUGGGAACCUGACCUCCAAUGGUGGGCCAAUCACAGGUAUCACCAAUGCAAUAGAGGGGAUCAUCACAAAUAUAACGAACGUGGUCGAUGGUGGCUUAACAACGGUCGAAAACAAUCUAGUGCAAGAGUUGAUGCAAAGUCUGGGGGUCAAGGACUGCUAUAAUGUGUACGCCGGGAACGUUUGCAGCGGCAACUAUACGAAUACGUCUGAUCCAAAUGCCGCAAUGACCAUGGACAAUUGUCCUACUUGGGGAAGUAUCGGAGCUGGUUUAUCUAAUACCUCUAUCCCAAGCUCUAUCUCAAUUGCGACAGUGAAUGUUAGCGUUCCAAUCCUCCAAGGCGGAGGAGGCGGAGCUGGCACCAUCGGCAGCUCCCUGGUCUUAGUGAUGACGCUCCUUUCCACUUUCCAGAUUAUAGGCCUUGUUGGAAGUGGUAUUCUAGCCCUAGGAUCUCUUGCCAGUGUGAUUAUGGGGAGGAGUCGUUUAAUAGCCUACACAGUCUUCGCUGCCGCUGGACUAGCCUUUAUUGGAGAGCUUGUUGCUGCCAUCUUGAUUACAGUCAUCGCAGGUAUUGUGAGUGGUCUGAUCAACUCUGUUGGAAGCGGAGUAAGCCUCUAUGUUACCUCGGGGAAGCGAGCGCUGGCGUUUGCUUGGGUCAGCGCAGCACUGGUCAUCUUGGCUAAUAUCUAUUGGCUUGCUGUGUGGUUUGUGGACUUCCGUAGGCAUUCGCUCAAGGUUCGAAGACGGGGCACAGACCAGAUAGGAAAUUGGAAAGGACUUGGAAAGGAGCUUCUCUCCGACCUGAGAUCUGACCCAUCUCUCGAAGAGCAGUUGUUGAAAGGGGGUCAAUAGGUUGGAAGUACGAGAGAACCCGUUUGAAUUACCCUCUAUGUAUUGUAAGCUACAACAGAG